AUGCCGCCGGUCAACGACCGCGUCUUGAACUGGCUCUACAGCGUUCUGACUAACGAAUACACGGACGUAAAUCGCGCCUACAACGACGCCGCCGAAGCUCUCGCGCAGUACCCAUCGCUGUCUCCAAGGACAGAUGUUUACACCUACGAAAAUGGCGUCCCCGCUCUCUUGCUCCUUCUCACUGGCACCCUCCCCGUCCAAUUUCGCGGCGCAAUAUACCGGUUUCCGAUAUCGCUUUGGGUCCCCCAUGACUAUCCACAUGAGCCUCCGAUGGUUUAUGUCACGCCGACGCAGGAUAUGCUGGUGAGGCCGGGACAGCAUGUUAGCGGUGAGGGAAGAGUAUACCAUCCAUACUUGAGCGGAUGGGCUAGUUACUGGGAUAAAUCUUCCAUAUCCGACUUCCUCACCGUCCUCCGCGGUGUCUUUGCAAAAGAGCCACCUGUCGUCGCGAAGCAAGACCAAUUUAGCUCCCCCCAGCCGACAGCAAGCCCAGCACCACCUCCAGUUCCUCCUACUCCAGAGGAGUGGAGAAGGCAGAGGCAGCCGCAGCCUACAGCAUCACCAGCUCCUACCACUGAUCAGCCGCCUGCUCCUCCUCCAAAACCGCCAAAGGAUACGGGUAUAAUGAAUGGCAGUCCUCAUCCCAAUGGGCAUGGGCAGCAGCCACAGCAACAGGCUUCCCUGCCGCCCCUACCACCUAACAUGGGCCAUGCUGGUGGCUAUCCUGACUAUGUCAGACCUCACCCGCAAAAUAUUCCACAGCGGCAAGCGAGUAUGACUGAUCGGCCUCUCCCCCCGACACCACAGGACACAGCAGCUGCUCCGCCACGGCCAUUCCAGAUUCAACAAUACGGACGUGAUAGCCCAGUCAGUCCCAUAACUCCCGGCGGAAUGCCUGGGCCACCUCCGUCCAGAUACUCGCAACCACCUCCUUUACCGCCACAGCAGCAAGCACCCCACUACCAAGGCCCUCCCGGUCCGGCACAAUACGCCAGUCCUCCACCUAAUCAAUACCCACCAUCAGCCUACCCGCCACCCACAUCUCAGUACCAGCAAUUCCCGCAACAACAACAACAACAACAACCACCAUACAUGGCCACGCCACCAACCGGUCCUCAAUUCGCACAACAACCCCCGCCCCCCCAGCCGCCGCACCCCAAACCCCCCGUCCCCGACCUCCUCACCUCCGAACUCGACGUCCAGCUCCCCUCCCAGACCUCGUCCUCGACCCCGCUCCCCGUGCCCCCCGUCCCGCCCAACCCGCAAAAAGACGCGCUCCUCUCGGCCCUCUCCGCCGCGCUCGUCGCACAGACGGCCCAGACGGUCGGGGGCAACGCGUCGGCGCUGCCCGCCCUGCGCGCGCAGUCGGCCGCGCUGCGCGCCGCGCACGCCCGCCUCCAGAACGAGGUCGAGCAGCUGCAGCGGCUCGACGCCGCGCUCGCCGCCAACGAGCGCGUGCUCGCCGGCGCCAUGCGCGAGGCCGACCGCGCCAUGGACGACGCGAGCACGCGGACCGUUCCGGACGUCGACGACACGCUCGUCGCGCCCACCGUCGUCGGGGGGCAGCUGUGGGGCUUGGUCGCCGAGGAGAGGGGGCUGGAGGAGGCGAUUUUUUUGCUGGGCAGGGGUCUGGAUCGCGGGAGGGUGGGGGCUGAGGUGUUUGUUAAGCAAACGAGAGGUCUGGCCCGCGAGCAGUUCCUGAAGAAGGCGCUGAUCAAGAAAAUCGCAAAGGGCAUGGGGCUGGAUGAGAAUGUCGAGUACGGGCUGCGGUCGGGUUACUAG